AUGGCGCGAGUGCCGGUCGCCGUGCUCUUCCUCAUCACCGGCGUUAUGCUCAUGCUCGUGCUGCAUAUCCUCGUGAUCGCCUGGGCGAUCAGGCGUGGCCACGCGCUGCGGCGCAGCACGUCGUCGUCACGGGACGAGGAGGAGCACGCGGAAGCAGGUAUGACGGCCGAUGAGCUCGGCGAGCUGCCAUGCCAGGAUUUCAAGGCCGUCGCGGCAGCGACGCCCGGCCGCGAGUGCGCGGUCUGCCUGGAGACGUUCCUGGCCGGCGACCGGUGCCGUGUGCUGCCGGGAUGCGGGCACGCGUUCCACGCGCCAUGCGUGGAUUCGUGGCUUCGCAAGAGCCGCCAGUGCCCUGUCUGCCGCGCCGAGGUGGCAGGCUGCGGGAAGCCUGCCGGCGCGGUGGUUGAUGAACCCGCCAGCUCGGAGAGCGUUGCUGAAAUACUGGGAGGAGCAGAUCGCUAG